ACCCAACUACGCGUCAUAACUGGGUCCCAUCUUUGUCUCUUUCCCUUCUUCACUCGCCAACCCCAUCGCGUGUCCCCACGCUCCUUCCCUUUACUUUUUCUCGUUAUCCAAAACACGACGAUUCUUCAUUUUAGAUUUUUUUCAUUAAUAAAAAAAAAAAAGUCUUUUAUUGCAGAAAUUUCGAUCGUUUUUGUUGUGUGUACAGAGAGAUUAUCGUGUUUUGUUGGCAAUCGCCAUUAAACCUUCUUCCCUCUAACCCAAUCAAAUUUGCGGCUCUUUCUUUUAUCUUCUCGCCUCGGUUUUAGCAAACCCUUUAGUUAUCUUCUUCCUCAAGCAAUUUUUCUUUUGGAUUAGAUUGGUGUUUUCUUUUGGUUUGUGUGGUGAUGAUGAGAAGGCAACGAGAUGAACAACAAUCUAGGGUUUUCUACGAUCUAUCAUCUCUUGUUUUGAAUCUUCUCCGUUCUCCUCCUAUGCCGAUUUCUUUACCUGAUCAUUUCCCCGAUCCGCCCGCUAGAAUUCGUCCUCCCUUUUCUUCGCAUCGUUUUUCGUCUUCUUCGCCUUCUUUGGCUCAUAUUUCUCCGUCUGGAUUCGCGUCGUUGCUGCUUGGUAUAUCUGUGGCUCUUAUGCUAUGUGGAUCUGUGACUUUCUUCAUCGGGUUUCUCUUGAUGCCUUGGGUUCUUGCUCUGAUUUUGGUUUUCUAUGUCGCUGGCAUCGUUUCUGCCAUUUCUAUGGUCGGGAGGUCGAUUCUCUGUUACGUCUUGACGCCACCUUCUCCUUCCGGAAAGGAGAUUUCUGAAUGGAAGCUUCUGUGAAAUGAUUAAACAACAGAGGUGAAGAAUCUAUACAUCAUCCGGAAGCAGAGCAGAGCGAAGCAGAACAAAAAAAAGAAGAAGAAGGAUUGAUUAUAUAAACACAUAUAUCCGAUAGAGUUUUUCUAUGUUCUUUAUCUGUAUUUUGUUGGGGGGGUUUGGGAAAAUCAUGUGGAUAUCAGGGAGUUUUAUAUUUCUUUACAUUUCGAAAAAAGAAUUUUUCUAUUUAACUACUGUUAGAAAUAGAGAAGCCUUGUUAUUUGUGCUUUCAUGUAUGUCGUUUUUAUGUAACAUGAUCAUUUCUUAAAGCAUACAAAAAGAUUUUAGGAUUUCUGUUGCACUUCUUUCGAUUUCCUUGCAUUUUCGAAACACUCUGUGUUGAUAUCUCUUCCUUUAAAUCUUCUUACAAUAUUUGCUCA